GUUGGCUAGCAAUUACAAAGCUUUUAAAAAAUUAAUAGGAACACAUUAUACAUUAAUUUGUUUUAUUCAUAACUGCAAUAGUAAGAAGAUCGUUGAUUGAAGAUUACAAUCAUUCAGUACAGUGACUUUUGCAAAAAUUUAGUUACUGGGCCUAGAUAAAAAAAAUAAAAAGUUUUCCCCAAAAAAAAAAGACCCAUUCAAAGCAAUAAUUCAUAAGAAGAACUAAUUUCAGAUCAAACAAAAAUAUAAUGUCCACAAUCAAAGCCGUAGAGAGAAAAGUUUGGGCCCGGGAGGGAAAUAAUUAUGGGCCCCUAUUAGUGGUGUUCCCAGAAGCUACGGUCACCCCCUUCCGCCAACCACCUCACAUGAUCGGAUACAUUUAAAAUAUUUAUAAUUUUUUUAUUUUAAGAAACAAAGUAAAAAUACAAAUUUGAAAAUAAGUUUAGUUUUUAUAUUAAAUGACUUAUAUAAUUGUGCGCAAUUUUAAACACAUAGACACUAUCCACCACUGGCAUACACUCAUACACGCUCCAAGAGGUUUUUCGACAUGUCGGAAGUAGUCGUCAAGGAACUUCGUGUCGAAACAAUAACAUUAACCAUUAUAGGGUCAAGCGGGGUAAUUGUAAAUAAUCAGAGUAAACGUAAAUGAAUAUUUCGACUAAUAACUUUUGGUAGGUUUAAUUGUGUAUUGAAAAGUGCUGGUCCAUAUGUGUGUUGCUAUCAAAUUAAACAUAAAUUUGAAAUAAAAUUAUGUGAAUUUAUUUAAAAAAAAUGCAUUUACUAUUACCCCAAUUGUUUACAAUUACCCCGCUUGACCCUACACUGCGAUUGACAAUUAACAUAUCAUCCCGUUCAUGAGAUUCAUUUUUUAUAAUAUUAAUAAUUAAAAAUGUAAUUUUAAUAAAUUAAAACUAUUAAUAAAUAAUAAUACUUACCUCUACGCUAUAAAUUGCGUAUCCGCGGUUCACAAUCGGCGAUUAAAUAAAGCUGUUGUCUAUUCUAGCACUUCUUAGUAGUUAUUAUCUACACGGACGGCUACGCGAUCUUUAAUAAUAGUUGUAACAAUAUUAUCAUUAUGUUAUGUUAUGUUUCAAUAAUCAUUGAUGUAAAUCGUGACAAUCAAAGACAAAAUACUAAGAACUGGAAGUCGCCUGUAUUCACUGGGAAAACCGUAAAUACAGCAGAUAUUGACCCAAAUUACACGAUAACAAGCCAAGAUUCAUUCGAUUUUUUUAAUAAAAAAAUAAUUAUGUCAUCUGUCUCACCACCAAUUGUAUACGAUGAUGUCACUGUCAAUACCUUUAUGAAGCUCAUAGUUGAGAGGUCUCAAUCACAAGUAUAUGCCUUCGAUACUCUUUUCAUCCUUGAAUUAAAAAAAAGUGGGUUUGACGUAAUUCAUCAACAAAUAAUAAUAGAUCUGUUUGAAAAAACACUUCUACUCGCUCCACUCUAUGUUAAUAAUAACCAUUGGAUUCUUGUAGUAGUUCAUGUUUCUAACAAAGACAUAACAUUUUAUGACAACAUGAACUGCACCAUAUCUGAAAUGAUAUGGAAAAUACGACAAUUCAUUAUCUUCUGUGAACUCAAACAAUAUGGUUGUACUUCUCAUUGGCAAAUAUAUAGAGGUGAAACAACUACAUUGAACUAUAAUGACGAAUGUGGUCCAGGGAUAGUGGAAAUAGCUGAAAGAAUUUCCAGAGGUUAUCCUCCAUUAAUUAAUCUUUCACUUUUGAAAAAUUAUAUGAAAAAUCAAGCAAAUUUUAGAAGAAAACUUCUUACAUCUAUAUCAUGACCCAACACAAUUUACCAAUCCACCACCUCUAAGGCCACCCCACACCAACUGGUAUCAAAAUCAUAGAAACAAACCAUAUAACGCGUAAUCCAACAAGUAAGGAUGACACCACACAAUAUGUUACGAUUUCUAAGUUCCACUUUCAAAU